UGGUUCCAGCUCUUUCAGCGUGUCAUCAACCGCCAAUUAUCAAGCUGAAUGGUUGUUGUUCGCUGUAACCUAUGUCAUCAGAUCUACGCAAAAUACUGUGCACAAAAUGGAUAAGACUAAGUUGUCCGUGAAGGAAAAAAUCGAGCAUUAUCGUCAACGCUUGGCAAAGAAGAAUACCAGAGAGGUUCAGAAUGGUGCGAUAGGUAAAGCCAGUUCUCCGCCCGUUAUCCAUGCUUCCCAGAUUGUAGUGUCUACGACGAACCGUAACACCUCAGAACCACAGUCUUCAGAAGCGUUAGGGAGUUCUGUCCAGGGACCAGCAUCUGCCGUCCGAUCUGGUGUCAAAAAAUCACCUACUCCAAAGUCUGCGACUCUACAGAAGCCCACUCCGGCCCUUGAUCCCGAGGCACUUUGGGACUUAGCCUAUGAUGCGCUCAAGGCGGAGGAUUCAGAAUUGCUCAACGACUACGAAUCGAUCCUGUCUCGCAAGCUUACCACCUCACAGGAAGCUGAGGGAAAUGUCAUUGCGCAGGACAACCAAUCGGAGAGGCGAGUGCAGAUGAAAUGCCUUCUGGACGCUGAAAUAAAAGGUUUGGAGAAGGCCGCCGGCGUCGAAAGGAAGGUUGGCAACGCGAUACGUAUCGUUCUGUCUGCCAAGAGUGCAAUUGGCACAGCUCUAGACUCAGUUACGGUCGCGGCUCUGGCGUGGGCGGGUGUCUGCGUUGCGCUACAGUUCUUUCUGAACCCCAUCGAGGAGACGAAGGCGAAUAGAGAUGGGAUCAUCCAAGUCAUUUAUAAUAUGAAAUGGUACUCGAGCCUUUCAAAAUUCCUUCUUGAAGACACGGUCACAUAUGACAAUCCCAUUACAAUGUUGCGUUCUGCCUUGGCCGAUCUCAUCCUUCACCUCUACAAGGAGCUCCUCAGGUACAUGGUGAAGAGCAUCUGUGCGUAUAAUCGGAAUAAGCUACAUCAAUUCUUGAGAGGUAUGGCUCAGCUGGACGACUGGAAGGGAGAACUUCAUGGCGUUAAUGUGGCCGAGAAGGCUGUCACGACUGCCGUCAGCGAUUAUACCGGGCGGCAAUCCAAUUCGUACUUGGCAUUGAUGGCCUGUAUGCAUGCUACCGAGCAGCAGAGUAAGGUCAUGCAGCAGCUGUGCAUAACGGACAUGGGAGCGGAAAUUCAGUCCCUCGAAGAACGUAAAGAUCAGUUGGUCGCUGACGCUUGGCAAUGGAUCCUUGACACAGAGGACUACAAGGAAUUCGUGAAAUGGCCGGACAGCAACCUGAAACAGCGUUUAUGGAUUAAAGGCGAUGCGGGAAAAGGAAAGACGAUGCUUCUGGUUGGCAUCAUACGCCACCUGGAAGCCCAGCUCGAAACGCACCCUGAUCAGCCUAAUCUGUCAUACUUCUUGUGCCAGGGAACAAACGAUAAAUUAAAUACAGCUACUGCAGUAAUGAGAGGAUUGAUAUGGAUGCUUAUACGGCAAGAAAAGACGCUUGUGCGACACGUGGAAAAGGUGUACAAUGAUCUCGGCUCAACGCUUUUUCAGGAUCAUAACUCCUUUUACAACCUGAAACAGGUUUUUUUUUCCAUGAUCAAAGAUGAUAAUUUGAAGCGAGCAUUCUUGAUCGUUGACGCACUGGAUGAAUGCCUCACCGAGGAGCCAGGGCUUCCGCAACUCUUGCAGUUUAUCAAUGAAACGUCGAGGAACAAUGAUAAAAUUAAGUGGCUCAUUUCAAGCCGAAACGAUUCUGAGAUUGGAUCGGUGCUUGCCCAAAGCCAAGCGGGGACAACGCUCUCUCUUGAACUCAAUUCCGAGUCAGUUGCCGGUGCUGUCAAGGCUUACAUUGAACAUAAGAUGGAUGACUUCAAGCAAAAACACCGCAGGGCUUUCGCGGCGAGCAAAGACCUGUCUCGUUACAACAAGCUGGCAGGCGUCCUGGAAAGAAUUAGCAAAGAACUGCUGCAAAAGUCUAAUGGUACCUUCCUCUGGGUAGCAUUAGUGUUCAAACAAAUGGAAGGAUGCAGAGCAUACGAAAUCGAAGACGAAUUCUUGAAGCUAGUGAAGAAUCUUCCUCCAGGACUGGACCACCUCUAUUCAGCAAUGAUGCGUCGCUUACUGAACUCUCGAGAUGCUACGCUCUGUACUCAAGUUCUUUUGAUCACGUUCAAUGCUUACCGUCCCCUCCACAUCUCUGAGCUGGCCAUGCUUGCCCAGCUACCAGAUCUGGCAAUUCAUGAAGAGAUUGUGGCAGCUUGCGGCCUGCUUACCAUUCGACAAGAUGUUGUCUACUUUAUUCAUCAAUCUGCAAACGAUUACCUCGGAAAGUUCAAAGCUGAGAUUUUACCUGAGAUCUUUCCCUCGGGACUUGCGCAAGGCCAUCGCGUCAUGGUGACGCGGUCAUUGGACGCCUUGUCAGACUUGAAGAGGAACAUUUAUAAUUUGGAUUAUCCUGGCUGUCCUAUCGAGGAAGUCAGAGUUCCAGACCCAGAUCCCCUUGCUUCAGUUCGCUAUUCUUGUGUCUAUUGGAUUGACCAUCUUCGUGAAAUUGAAGAGAGACAGGGUGAAGUUGGCCUCUCUGAUGACGGCGCGACUCAUCAGUUCCUGAAGAAGCACUUUCUCCACUGGCUUGAGGCUCUGAGCCUAAUCAGCAGCAUAUCGGAAGGAAUCCUUGCCAUAUUGAAUCUUGUUGAAUUUCUUGCCCAAACGUUAUCCGAGUCAGAACUUCUUCGCCUCGUUCAGGAUAUGCGGCGGUUUGCGUUGGAUCAUAGAGAUGUGAUCCAGAAUUUUCCCCUUCAAGUCUAUGGGUCGGCUCUAGUGUUCAGCCCUUCUUGUAGCUUGAUCCGAAAGCUUUUCGAGAGGGAAGAGCUACAAUGGAUAAUUUCUAAGCCGAUUAUGCAGGAUGACUGGGGCGCCUGUCUCCAGACUUUUCACCACGGCGGCCACUUCGUUUUGUCAGUUGCCUUCUCGCCAGAUGGUGAGCGAGUUGCAUCUGCAUCGGCAAAUGGUACUGUCAAGGUCUGGAAUUGUAAUAAUGGAGCAUGUCUCCAGACACUUCACCAUGAUAAGGAUGCCAGUUCAGUUGCCUUCUCACCAGACGGUGAGCGGGUUGCAUCUGCAUCAGAGGAUUGUACUGUCAAGGUCUGGAAUUGUAAUAAUGGAGCAUGUCUCCAGACACUGCACCAUGAUAAGGGUGCCACUUCAGUUGCCUUCUCACCAGACGGUGAGCGGAUUGCAUCUGCAGCAGAGGAUGGUACUGUCAAGGUCUGGAAUCUUUCCAAUGGAACCUGUCUCCAGGAGAUGCAACACAACAAUGCAGUUCUUUCGGUUACUUUUUCACCAGAUGGCAAGCAGGUUGUAUGUGCAUCUUGUGAGCGGACUGUCAAGGUCUGGGAUUGUAAUAAUGGAGCAUGUCUCCAAAGUUUCCGAAAUGAUGGCCCAGUAGAUUCAAUUUCCAUCUCACCAAACGGUCAGCAAAUUGCAACAACUGCAUCAGAUCAUGGUAAUACUGUCAAGGUGUGGGAUCUUUACAAUGGAGCCUGUCUCCAGAAGAUGCAACAUGACAAUCAAGUUGAUUUGGUUGGCUUCUUGCCAGAUGGUCGGCAGGUUGCAUUCAUGUCAGGCAGUCCCUCUGUUAUUGUCAAGAUCUGGAACCUCAACAGUGGAAUCUGCCUGAAGAAGCUUGAACUCGAAAACCUGGCUUUUGACGGCGCGUUCUCCCCAGAUGGUCAACAGGUUGCAACUGUAUUAGUUGCUACUGUCAAACUCUGGGAUCUUAGCAGUCACAGACCGUGCCUCCAGACAUUUGACCACCAUGGCCAGAGAGUACAUGGAGCUCUUAUCUCACCAAACGGCCUGCAGGUUGCCUCUUUUAGUUCUCAAACUAUCAAGCUUUGGGACUCUAAAACGAGCACCUGCCUCCUGACACUUUACCAUGAAGGUGAUUGGGUUUCUUCGGUUGCAUUCUCACCUCAUGGUCACCAGGUUGCAUCUGGAUCAAGUAAAGGAACGAUUCGGAUUUGGGAUCUUCAGGAUGGAGCCUGUCUCCAAAGAUUUAACGAUCACGAGGAAGAGGUAAGGUCAAUUACCUUCUCACCGGAUGGGUGGCGGAUUAUAUCUAUAUCGCGUUAUGAGACUGUCAAAACCUGGGAAGUCGAUAGUGGAGCAUAUAUCCAAAGUCUCGAGAGACAUCAUGGCAAAGGAGUUUCUCAAAUCAUUGUCUCACCCGAUUGUCAGCGAUUUGCAACUUUAUUAGACGGUGUUGGCCCUGCUGGCCUUGACAUUAUCAAAAUCUGGGACUCUGGCAAUGGAUCCUGCCUUCAGACACUUAAAGCCCGUACCAGUCUAUUUGCAUUUUCCGCCGAUGGUCAAUGGCUUCUAACUGCCUCAGAUGUAGGGCCUACCAAGCUUUGGGAUCUCAACAAUGGCACCUGUGUCCAGAUACUGGAAAAUAUAGGAUUUCGUCACAUCUACAAAACAUCAUUUGAUAUGGAUUGUUUGUCCUUUUCGACGGAUAGAGGCACCGUUUUAAUAGAUCUCUCGCCAGCUUCACCCGUCACAUCGAGUGGAACACAGCCGUUGAAACUACAUUAUCGAGGCUACGGUUUGAGUGCUAAUCAAGAUUGGAUCACGUGGAAUGGUCGAAACGUCCUUUUCCUUCCAUCGGAAUAUCGAUUAGUUGAUAAUCGUUCUGGAGAAGUUCAUUCGUUCAAUAUAGUCAUUGGAUCUCUUUCAGGUCGUGUUUUAAUCUUUACAUUUUCUUCAACGGUUUUUCCUUUCUGAUUUAUCUACCCCUUCUUUUUUUGCCAUUUGCCCUUUAGCCUUUGGUUUACUUCGCUUUUGUUUUCUGCAAUUGUUUCGUUUUUAAUAG